AUGUUAAGCAGUUCGGAUAGAAAAACUUUUGUUCUUCGACUAUUAUUCUUCCUUUUCUUAUCAUUUUUCAUCUACAAACAAUCAUAUCUCUCACUAAAACCUUAUGUUCCAAAAUUCCUGCGACCUCGAGUGCGUCGAACUCAUUAUCCAAAAGAAGCAUUCGUUACUUUUAUAUCCCAUCAUAAAAUUUACCGAGAUUUACUCGAUGUUCUACUCGAUUCCGUUCAUUUAUUUUCUACACGCCCAAUUAUCAUUUUCCCGAUUGAUUUUGAUUUAAUUAUCAAUUCUACACGACAUCCCCGUGUUUUCAUCGAACGCAUUUCCCAAGAUGAUUGUGGUGAAACACAAUUCGCCUGCAAACUUCUCGCCAUGAUUUCCAGUGAAGUCAAAUACGGCGUUCAACUCGAAGUUGAUUCUGUUGUGAAUUACAACAUCGAUUUACUAUUCGAUAUGCUUCAUCACUGGCCGUAUGAUGUUCCAUUAGCGCCAAAACAUCCAGACGAUGCGCGAAAUUACCAAACAUUCUUGGAACGAUAUGAGAUUAAACAACGAAUUGUUCCGUAUAUGCACGCAACAUUUGCAUGGACAUUCCGAGCGUAUCCGUUCCUUCGACGGGUUUUGGCGUUGAUGCAGAAGAGAGAAUUUCUUGAUGCGAAUUUCGAUGAAACAGCGAUGAAUAUUAUGUUGUGGAAAGCGAAAACUACUCAUUUACUAUGUCGAUAUGAUCCUUUCGGACCGAUUUCUAUUAAUAAUUACGAAAAUUUGUCUGAUAAACCAGAAUGCGCACCGUACUGUGAUGGAGUUUAUCUGAUAUUUCAUGGACAAAAGAACAGUCGGACAUCAGAGAACAUUCUCCAACGAAUACUUAAACUUGGUCCUCAUCACCCAUUCGUUCAAACUUCUCGAGGUUUGAAAUGGCUAAACGAUACCAAUGUUACCUGUUGUCAUUCAUCAGCAAUGCGAACAUCACCAUUACAUCCUUUACUCUGUGAAUAUGACAUGCAUUAA